AUUAUGACGGUGUGUCCCCCUGUUGUUGAAUCGGAUCCCAAAAGUCUUGAACGCCAAGCUUUAUGGCGUGAGAGGGAUGAAAUUGCAAAAGGCAUGAUUUUGUUGGGUCUCUCCGACAUGUUAUUUGAUGUCUAUUGCACCCUCCACGGCACGGCUAAGGACUUUUGGGAUGAGUUGGAUAGGAAAUAUAAUACUGAGGACCACUGUCUUGAAAAAUAUAUUGUUUCUAAAUUCCUACGAUUUGACAUGAAAGAGGGUAAAUCGGUGUUAGAACAGACACAAGAAUUUGAGCUCAUCUUACAUUCUCUUCGUGAAGCGGAUAUGGAAUUGCCUGAAAAAUUUAAAGUGAUGGCGGUCAUAGAAAAAUUUCCCAAAUCUUGGGAAGAUUUUGGUAUGACUUUAAAACAUAAAAUGAAAAAGAUCACUUGGAAAUCUUUGAUGCAUUCCAUAACUGUUGAGGAAGAGCAUAAGAAAGCUGGCUACAUUGCGCCUGUUGAUUUUCAACCGAAGGCUCAUUUUGUAACAGGGGAAAAGCAGUCACAAAAUUCUAAAAAUAAACAAUCAUCAUCUUUUAAACCCAUAAAGGCCAAAUUAAAAAUUGCAAAGAAACCAAAGGCAAACCGACCAUGCUGGAACUGUGGACAGAUGGGGCAUUGGGCCAAAUUGUGUCCUAACAAAAAGGUCAAGGCUCAAUCUGGGGGACCUGAAGUCAACAUGGUGACUGGAGGGACUAGUUCUAAUGAUGAUGAUGGGGAACACAAGUGCUG